AUGCUGGCGGGCACGACGCUGGCCGACACUUCCGAGACUGACAGUCUCGCUGCGCUUCUCGACGCCUGCGGCCUUAGCAACGGCCUCGCCUCUUCUCUAGCGGGCGAGACGUCCGACGGCCUCAAGGCGUGCCUUGCCGACUCUGGGAGGGUCGCGCUCCUAAAGCGGCUCGGCGAACGCGGGCUCUCGCUCCCAGAGCGUCAAAAGCUUGCCAACGGGCUCGGCCGCCUGGCUCGUGGGCAAGCGCUGGGCGGGUCGCCCACGCAGCAACCGGUCGCUAGCACGGUGGAGCUCAGCGCAGACGGCUCCUGUGGCGGGACGUGCGGCUUCGCUCUCUACGGCGGGGAGGCCGCCCGCUCGCCACCGCCAGACGCCGAUGCCGCCAGCUUGCUAACACAGGGGUGGGCCGCAACCGCGCUGCGCCAACUCGGCGACGGCGGCGAGAGGAACAUAGACAGCGAAUGUGGAACUGACACCAACACGGACUCCGAGAACCCACUGCUGCGAGCGCGCAUCCUCGCCGCCCUCGGCUCCCUGCCAGCGGCGCUGCGGUGCUACAGCGCGGUGCAGGGCGCAGACGCGGACACGUCCCAUGCUGAGGCGCAGGCCAUCGAGGCGCUGCUGUCGCAGUUGGACUCGCUGCCGGGCCUCUUCUUCCCGCGCGCCGUCGCGAGAGGCCACUCCCGCCCGCUCGCCACCGUUGAUGCAAGGCAUCCGACCUCUACGAGCCGACCGGCGCCCUUCUCGGACGGGAGCUACGCCGCUGCGCCGCACGACCCGGCCGUCAAACUCGGCUACCGGCCGAGGGUCCGCCUGAGCGUAGGCAACGGCGAGGUCUGCUCUGACUACGACGCCUUCGCCUCCCGCUUCCACCGGCUCGGCGCCCACCUGAUGGUCCCAGACUACCGCGGCUACGGCUGGUCGGGCGGCGAGCCAACCCUCUCCUCCUUGCUCGCCGACGCAGAGCCGCUCCUCGAUUCGCACACGCUCGGUGCCGCGAUGCAGUCGGCGGGUGUAGGGCCGGAGGCCCGCCCAGUGGUGCUCUUUGGUCGCUCGCUCGGCUCCAACGUGGCGACGCAUCUUGCGGCGAUCGCGCCGCGCGGCUGCUUCGCAGGGCUCAUCCUCGAGUCUGGCAUCGCCUCCGCCUCGGCCAUGCUAUCGAGGGGGGCUGCCGGCGCCCUCUCGCUCGCAGCCGCCGGCUCGGCUGGGCCGGCGACAGCGCCGCUCGCGCCCGGCGGCGGAGGCCGGAUCGGGAUACUCGAGAAUGAGCUGAAGAUGCGGGAGGCGCGCCGCGCCGCCGAACCUCUCCCUCCCCUCCCCCCCUCCUCAUUCUGUGUCUGCCCCGCUGCAGGCCACGGCCACAAUGACAUCGCCUUCUCGCCGCGCUACUUCCCCGCCAUCGGCGAGUUUCUUGAGCGACAGUUUUUUCUCUCCAUAUGGUAA